AUGAAACCUGUUUAUUUGAAAGGUUCAACAAAGCGGAGAUACAAGAAUCAUGAGAAAGGAGAUCUUAUUACAUCAGAAGUUGAAGGGAAUACGAAUAUAAAGGGAGAUCAAGAAGACGAUAAGCCAUUUGUACAGCAAGAGGCUGAAGAGAAGCUAGAAAGCAAGGAAAUUCCCAAAUAUGAUACAUUUGAAAGAGUAGCCCUCUAUAUGCCAUACAUUACAAUUGGUUCUUGCCAUCAAAGAGACACUAAACCCAAAAUUUACAUCGACCCUCCCAAAUUCCGAAAAAGCUAUAACAAUCUCAUGGAAGUUUACAAAGACAAGGUUAUCCAUGGAACAAGAUCUUUGGAUCAGUUUUACUACCAUUCCCUAGCGGACGUGUCUUUGCGCGACCAAAGUCAGGUUGUUACCAGAUCGUUCCUUGAGAUAAAAAAUGGGGACGCUGUGGAUGAAUCAAAAGGAACGUGA